ACAGCGCCUCUGGUACCAUUCGCACAGCCCUUCCUCUGGACCACGAGACCUGCCCCAGUCUUGACCUGGAGAUCCAGGCACGAUUUGGCUCUCCUCCGGCAUAUGGAAUCAGCCGGGUACACAUAACCAUUGCAGACAUCAACGACAAUGCCCCUACCUUCCUGCCAUCCUCAUCAGAGUCCCUUCUUUUACCCGAGAUCACCAAAAUGGGGACGAUUAUCUACCGUAUUCAGGCCACCGACAAAGACUCCGGCCAUAACGGUCAGCUCAGCUUCGAUCUAGUCUCUGCUGGGGCUGCAGGCAGCAGUGGCCAGAGGACAUUUGGCGUUGACAGGGGCAGUGGGGAGGUACGUCUAAUUGGGAGUUUAUCAUAUGAAAGUGUCCCUCGCUAUGACCUUCAGGUGGUUGCCAAGGAUGGUGGAGCGCCUCAACUUAGCUCCACCUUCACCCUUGUGGUCCACAUCCAAGCACAAGACGCACAAGGCCCAAACUUUGAUACCCUUACGUACCGCGUGGAGCUACGUGAAAACACCCCUCUAAACACGCGUUUCCUUCAGGUCCGUGCACUUAACAGAGAAGCUUCUGGAAAUGGUGGAAGCUCCUCCUCCUCAUCAUCUUCCUCCUCUAUUUCCUACCGCCUCAGACCUGAUGGUGAUGCCGCAGGUUUUGGCAUCAUGCCAGAUAGCGGUUGGCUGUUUGUUCGGAGCUCUUUAGACCGAGAAGUCAAAGACAUGUUCCUGUUGACUGUUCUUGCCACCUCGGGCCCAGGAGGUGCAGGAAGAACCGGCAGCGCGACCGUCCGGGUAACAGUGACGGAUGAAAAUGACAACUCCCCUCGACUGAGCCAGGAGAGGGUGUUUCUGGCUGUCAGAGAAAACCUGCACGCGGGAACGGGCUUCGGCAGGGUUUCUGCAACGGACAGAGACGCAGGACUAAAUGCUCGACUCACCUACAGGCUGCUGCACACAGACAGGCAUUUUCAGAUUAACUCGCAAACAGGUGAGAUUAGCACCCGCCUUGCACUGGACAGAGAGCAGCAGUCCAGCUAUCAGGUUAUUGUGGUUGUACAGGAUGGGGGUACGCCCCCUCGCAGUGCAACAGGGACGGCACAUAUCACUGUGCUGGAUGAAAAUGACCACGCCCCCAGUUUCAUUCAUGCCAGGCCUGACAGGGAGCUGGUGCUUCAGGUGACUGAGGGGCUUCCAUCAGGAACAGUCAUAGGGACGCUGGCAGCUAAAGAUCCAGACGAGGGAGAGAAUGGCACCAUCUAUUACUCAUUAUCAGGCUCCAGAGCAGAGCGUUUCUCCAUCAAUCCAACCACCGGUGAGCUUAGAAGCGCUUCCCCUCUGAGAUUGACAGAGCGAGCCGAGUACGCCUUCACUGUGACUGCUGCCGACCACGGCACGCCGACACUCAGCUCCACCUGUCAGCUACGAAUACAAGUUCUCAGCUCUUCCAGGUCCAGCCCCAAGCCCAACGUUCUCUCUAUGACCCUGAACACAGUCGAAGGGGCAGCUCCGGGCUCUGUCAUUGGUUCAGUCCGUCCACCUGAUCAGCAUGAAUCUGCUCUAUUUGAAGGCCAGGUGACCUACCUGGUCGUGGGAGGGACAGAUCGCGAUGGGACCUUUAUGGUGGACCACUUAAAGGGCGAUGUGUACGUGGUCCGGGAGCUGGACUAUGAGAAGGGCUCAAGAUACACCCUGAACAUCGAGGUGUCGGACUUCUCUCAGGCAUUUCCCAGCAGCCACCUGGUGAAACUAGAUAUCAACGUGCAGGACAGCAAUGACCAUGCGCCUCAGUUCACUGAAGACCCCGUUACCAUUGUGAUCCACGAGAACAUCGAACCAGGGGCUUCCAUAUACACCUUCCAAGCUGUGGAUCAGGAUGGCAGUGGACCCAACAGUGAGCUGCGCUAUUCCAUCGAGCACUUCUGGCCUGAAACUCCUGACUUCCUCAUCCUUGACCCCUCAAGCGGAGUCCUCACCCUGGGGCAGAAGUUAGACCGUGAGUCCACACCGUCCCUUUACCUUGUGGUGCGAGCCACAGACCAGGCAGUGGAUAUCUCUCAGAGACGCUGGAGUUCGGUCACUGCCCGAGUGUUCGUGACAGACGAAAACGACAACGCGCCGGUCUUCAGCUCUCCAUCUGCGGUCAGCGUCAUGGAGGACCAGCCUGUAGGGUUUGUGAUUUUGUACGUCAUGGCUCGAGAUUCAGACGAAGGAGAAAAUGGCAGAGUAUCGUACAGAAUUCAGGCGGGCAACAGCGCUGGUCGCUUCAGCCUGAACCCUGACACCG